AGCUCCGGUGGUCCGACUCAAGCUCCUCUCGCUCCUCUCCACCGUCAAAUUUCAUCGGUUGAAUACAAGCCUUCUGCUUCUGGGGAUCAUAAAAGAUGAUGAGCUCUUCUGAAGAUUCAGAAAAGAAUGCCAACUCAGUGCAUCAUGUGAGAGAAGACAGUGAAUAUGUCAGGCUGGUUAUAUCCAACGAAACAAACACAUUAGAAGCAGAUGUUUUACAGUCUCAAUCAGAAGCAGGGGCUAAAUCAUUUUGGUGGUGGAUUAAAGCCUUAGCCUUGUGCCUUGUCACCAUUAUAUUGCUUCUCAUUUUCUUGAAAUGGGGGGUUCCAUUUCUUUUUGAAAAGGUUCUGUUGCCAAUAAUGCGAUGGGAAGCCACAGCCUUUGGCCGUCCAGUUCUUGCCCUUGUUCUCGUUGCUUCUCUGGCAUUGUUCCCUGUGUUCUUCAUUCCGUCUGGCCCUUCAAUGUGGUUGGCUGGAAUGAUUUUUGGUUAUGGCUUGGGAUUUGUUAUAAUUAUGGUUGGGACAACUAUUGGGAUGAUCCUACCAUAUUUGAUUGGUUUGUAUUUCCGUGACCGCAUCCAUCAAUGGUUAAAGAGAUGGCCUCGAAAUGCUGCAAUGAUUAGACUUGCUGGGGAAGGGAGUUGGCUCCAUCAAUUUCGAGUGGUUGCUCUCUUUAGGGUUUCACCCUUUCCAUACACAAUAUUCAACUACGCGAUCGUGGUCACAAGUAUGAGAUUUUGGCCCUACUUGUGGGGAUCAAUUGCUGGGAUGAUACCAGAAGCUUUUAUUUACAUCUACAGUGGUCGCUUAUUAAGGACAUUUGCGGAUGUCAAGUAUGGGAACUAUCACUUAACCACAGUUGAGAUUGUGUACAACAUUCUAUCCUUAAUCGUUGCAAUUGUAACCACCGUUGCUUUUACUGUUUAUGCUAAAAAUGCUUUAAAUGAGCUAAAGAGGGCAGAGUCUAGUGGGGUGGAAGCAGCUGCUUCUGACCAUACCAGCUUACAGAUGGAAAAGCUUCCCCUUGAAAAGCCUCAUAUUUUUACGUUGUAGGAGAAACCUAGGGUUCCACUCAGGUAGUAUAUCAGUGCAGAUAAUUGGAUUUGCUAGUGAUGCUGCAAAUCACUUUAUUUUUUUCCUCCUAUUAGGGAGAAGUUGGAGUGGUUAUUAGUUUUUCCUUCUUAACCAUGUAAUUAUAUGAUAUGCAAACAAAAGAAAAGGUUAAAAAUAGAAAUAUGGACAAUAUCUUGUAUAAAGCUUAGAGAAACUUCCGAGCAUAGUUUGUGUUUUUGAGGAGGUAACAUACUUUUGUUUAGCUCAAGGCAUAGAGUGCGCUAUUGUACAUAGCAAUAAUCAAAUAAUACCAAAGCCCUUUUGUGUUCUUUGUUGUUUGUAUUAUUGCU